ACGUGACUUCAGCCGAAAAGCGUAAGACGGAGCUGAGCCUGUCAGCGCCCAGCAGGAGCCCAACCCCAUCUACUACCCUGACCCAUCUACUGCCCCAUCUACUGCCCUGCCCCAUCUACUGCCCUGACCCAUCUACUGCCCCAUCUACUGCCCUGACCCAUCUAUUGCCCCAUCUACUACCCUGCCCCAUCUACUGCCCUGACCCAUCUAUUGUCCCAUUUACUACCCUGCCCCAUCUACUGCCCUGCCCCAUCUACUGCCCUGACCCAUCUACUGCCCUGACCCAUCUACUGACCCAUCUACUGCCCUGACCCAUCUAUUGCCUCAUCUGCUGCCCUGACCCAUCUACUGCCCCAUCUACUGCCCCGCCCAAUCUACUUCCACAGGGAAUCAGUUAUUACGACACGACGGAAAUAGUUAUCCAGACGAACAGACAAGAGUUAAACACUUUAUAAUUGUCGUGGUUGCUUGGAAAAUGUCACGUGAUGAGACUAUGAAAGGUACGACAUCUUUAUUAUACGUCAGUCGUAAAGGAUUACGCAAUCUCCCAAGUAUGUAACGUGGCGUAAUGACGAGACGCUAGGAGGAAUCGAACGGUGCAUGGCAAAACUUCAAACAGCUGACCCGAACUUUGUGAUGGGUCACGUGAUCAGUACCGGGCUGCAGCUGGUGGGCACUGGCAGUUCUGUGCUGCGUGAUGAGAAGCUGGCGAAUGCGGUGAGGAGGUUGAUGAAGCUGGCAGAUGCCCAGGAGCUCACGUCCAGGGAAAGGCAGCACGUCCAGGCUGUGGAGCUCUUCUCCAGGGGCGCUCUGCCCCAGGCUGCCUCUGUGUGGGAGGACAUUCUUGUGGAGCAUCCUACAGACAUGCUCGCCCUCAAGCUCUCCCACGAUGCUCUCUUCUACCUGGGGGAGCAGACCCAGAUGAGGGACUCCGUCGCUAGGGUGCUGCCCCACUGGAGACCUCACAUGCCCCUGUACAGUUAUCUUAAAGGCAUGUAUUCCUUUGGCCUCCUUGAGACUCGUUUCUACGACCAAGCUGAGAAAGUAGCAAAAGAGGGUCUCGCGUUAAACCGGCAGGAUGGCUGGUCUGUCCACUCGCUCGCUCACGUCUAUGAGAUGAAGGCAGAAGUGGAGAUGGGCCUGAAGUUUAUGUCGUCCACAGAGAAGGACUGGGUGGUCCGUCAGCACGUCGGAGCUAAACACACACAUACCACGUUUCACGGUUUUGUUUCAAAACAUCUUGCACGUGUUGUAUUGACUUGUGGUGUGUGUUUCAUUCUAAAGGUGUGUGACAUGUUGGCAUGUCAUAAUUACUGGCACUGGGCUCUCUGUCACAUUGAGAAGGGAGAGUAUGAAGAAGCUUUGAGAAUCUUUGACGAGCAGGUGUUCCGCCGCUGUCGGCAGUCUGGGGCCAUGCUGGAUAUAGUGGAUACCUGCUCUCUGCUGUACAGGCUGGAAAUGGAGGGCGUGAGCGUGAAGGAACGCUACCAGGAGCUGCUAUGUGUAACUGAGUCUCACUUGGAGGACCACACCCUGCUCUUCAAUGACCUGCACUUCCUCAUGGUGUUGCAGGGGUGUAAGGACAUGCAUGGUACCCAGCGUCUUCUGGACAGCCUGCGGGAGCUGGCCAGAGAGCCAGGAGAGAACAAAGAGCUUCAGCUGGCAACGACGGUGGGCUUGCCCAUGUGUCAGGCACUGGUGGAAUAUGGUCAAGGCAACUACAGCAGGACCGUGGAGCUCCUUAAACCACUGCGAUACCGUUUUGUGGCGCUAGGGGGCAGCGAUGCACAGAGGGACAUCUUCAACCAGCUCCUCAUCCACGCUGCCAUGAAGUCAGAAGAUAAACAACAUCAGAGAUUUUCCAGGUGUCUCCUGGUGGAAAGGGAAGCAGCAAGACCAAAGUCCCUUCUGACUGACCGCCUGAUGAGGAGAGCCCACGCCCUGCAGAACUAAGGAGAGCCCACGCCCUGCAGAGGUAGCUCCCACUACCCCACACGUAUGCAAAACCAUCGUGAGACCACCGUGAGACCAUCGUAUCUGCUACAGGGACACUGCUCUGCACAUUACCCCCAAAAGCCUAAAAAUUAAUGUACAUUUCAGGCUGUUUGAUUUAUAUGAAGCCAAUAAAGUCAUCAAAAAACAUUAAAA